CCCUUCCAAGGAAACAAAACCAACAGCAGCCCAGGCUUAGUCAGCAGAUGAGAUAAAAGCGAACAGGUCUGGGAGGCAGUUCUGUUGCCACUCUCUCUCCUGUCAAUGAUGGAUCUCAGAAAUACCCCAGCCAAAUCUCUGGACAAGUUCAUCGAAGACUAUCUCUUGCCAGACACGCAUUUCCGCAUGCAAAUCAACCAUGCCAUUAACAUCAUCUGUGGGUUCCUGAAGGAAAGGUGCUUCCGAGGUAGCUGCUACCCUGUGCAUGUGUCCAAGGUGGUAAAGGGUGGCUCCUCAGGCAAGGGCACCGCCCUCAGAGGCCGAUCUGAUGCUGACCUGGUUGUCUUCCUCAGUCCUCUCACCACUUUUCAGGAUCAGUUAAAUCGCCGGGGAGAGUUCAUCCAGGAAAUUAGGAGACAGCUGGAAGCCUGUCAAAGAGAGAGAGCAUUUUUCGUGAAGUUUGAGGUCCAGGCUCCACGCUGGGACAACCCCCGUGCGCUCAGCUUCGUACUGAGUUCGCUCCAGCUCGGGGAGGGGGUGGAGUUUGAUGUGCUGCCUGCCUUUGAUGCCCUGGGUCAGUUGACUGGCGGCUAUAAACCUAACCCCCAAAUCUAUGUCAAGCUCAUCGAGGAGUGCACCUACCUGCAGAAAGAGGGCGAGUUCUCCACCUGCUUCACAGAACUACAGAGAGACUUCCUGAAGCAGCGCCCCACCAAGCUCAAGAGCCUCAUCCGCCUAGUCAAGCACUGGUACCAAAAUUGUAAGAAGAAGCUUGGGAAGCUGCCACCUCAGUAUGCCCUGGAGCUCCUGACGGUCUAUGCUUGGGAGCGAGGGAGCAUGGAAACACAUUUCAACACAGCCCGGGGAUUUCGGACGGUCUUGGAAUUAGUCAUAAACUACCAGCAACUCUGCAUCUACUGGACAAAGUAUUAUGACUUUAAAAACCCCAUUAUUGAAAAGUACCUGAGCAGGCAGCUCAGGAAACCCAGGCCUGUGAUUCUGGACCCGGCGGACCCUACAGGAAACUUGGGUGGUGGAGACCCAAAGGGCUGGAGGCAGCUGGCACAAGAGGCUAAGGCCUGGCUGAAUUACCCAUGCUUUAAGAAUUGGGACGGGUCCCCAGUGAGCUCCUGGAUUCUGCAGAUGAGACAAAGGCUCAGAGAGGUGAGGUCACUUGCUCAAGGACAUCAGCUAACAAGUGGUGGAAAUGGAAUUCAGACUCAGUGGACUCUAAAGCCAGUGCUCAUGUCACUGUGCUAAACAGCCUGCCUUGUCUCAUCCCCACCUCUCAUCUGACCAAUGGGAGAUGAUGCAGCUGAGUGACUUGGGUUGUCACACAGCUAAGCAGGGGCAAAGGACCCAGUCUUGGAUCUUUCCACCCCCAAGCAGGAAUCUGUCUGAUUCCAGGGGAUUGAUGAUGUUGCAGAUGGCUAGGAAGCCGACUCCAGGAUGGAAUUUAGUAUGCAGGAUGUUCUGGGGGAGAGCCACUGGGACCAGCACUCAGGGAAAGGGGGGAAGAAAGGAUAGGAAGGAAGCAUGAAAGAGAAUAGGGAGAAGUGAACACGGAUGCAGAGCAAAUGCCAACUUCAGCCAACUCCAAGGACAGCCCUGGAGCUGGAAUGGCCUUUAGAGCUGCCCCAUGGUGACAGAGGUGGCUAGGCCUCUAUACCCCUACAUGGAUCACUCACUGUGCUUGGGCACCUUGGGAAAGGGCAUGGUCUUGAGCAAAAGGCUCUCUGCAGCUGAGGCAACCCCUAAAAGGGCUGACGGCUAAAGUCUGUCUGCUGACCACCAUCCCAGCAACUGGGGUUUGUUAGUCCUUUCUCAAAGGGGGAUCCAGAUGGCAUGUCACAGCGUCCACCAUAAAUGCUCACUGAAUCCAGCUGCAUGGUAGGAAGACUCCCUGAUGUGAUCAUGUGUCUCACCCUUUCAGGCUGAAAGUGACAGUGAAGAUGAUGACACCUACGAUCCCAGGCUGUAUCAGAAAUAUGAUUACAUCGGAACACAGGACUAUUCUCAUUUCUCUCAUAGUCCCAGCACACUCCAGGCAGCAUCCACCCCACAGGCAGAAGAGAACUGGAUAUGCACCAUCCUCUGAAUGCCAGUGCAUCUUGGGGGAAAGGGCUCCAGUGUUAUCUGGACCAGCUCCUUCAUUUUCAGGUGGGACUCUUGAUCCAGAGAGGACAAAGGUCCUCAGUGAGCUGGUGUAUAAUCCAGGACAGAACCCAGGUCUCCUGAGUCCUGGCCUUCUAUGCCCUCUAUCCUAUCAUAGAUAACAUUCCCCACUGCCUCACCUCAUUCCACCUAUUCUCUGAAAAUAUUCCCUGAGAGAGAACAGAGAGAUUUAGAUAAGAGAAUGAAAUUCCAGCCUUGACUUUCUUCUGUGCACCUGAUGGCAGGGUUAUGUCUAGUGUAUUAUCAAUAACAAUAAAAACGAAGCAAAUACCA